AUGGACCGCAGCGGGUUCGAUGUUCACGGAUCGCCGAACGGCAAGUUGGAGACCAUAUCGCGGCUGGUACAGUGGACUCUGGAUAACUUACCGCGUAGGAACUACUACGAGUCACCCCGUUACUACUCCAACGUCUUCAAGGUCGACAAGUGGGAUUGGUGAGGCAGAUAACCCUCCUCUCCCGUGGAAACGCACUUAAUCGAUGAGGUUCCAUAGCGGUUAGUUUUUUGUGUGUUUUUUCUAUCAGGUACCUGACUCUGUACAAGAAAGCUGGUGAUAGCUACAUUAAGCUGUGCCCGCCGAAGCAUCCCCCCAUUGCCAGGAUCGAGCUUCGCGUCUACAACUUCGAGCGAGGCCGACGCCCAACCGGGUCCCCUGGUAAUGUCCAGAUGAAUAUUGUUUCUCGUCGGCCGGUUCAACUAGAUGUUUAAAUAGAACAGUAGGCUGAGUCCCUCAUGCUCUUCACAGGACAUGUUUUCUUCUUCUCUUUCCCUCGCGUUGGCAUAGUUUUGUGGUCAAAAUGGAUUUGGCACGUUAGGAGCAUUUACCAUUGGACAUCCUGCACAUAAGACUGCCCCAUAUCGAGAUGCUGAUGUCAGGCCAACUCCACUUAUAUCUUAAGCUCCACGGCUCUUUUUCUGCGGAGGCCUAGUUUAUCAAGUGGACAUAUUUGUUUGAAUGACUUUCUCUUUCGAUACUCAGCGUAAGAUGAUUUCUUUGAGGUUAAAUCUCAUUGUUAUCUUUCCCGUUGUUAUCGUGAGACUAGGUGGGGUGAAUGAUAAACUCGAAUCAUCGAAUAAUUUGGUGAUGGAGGCAAAACAUGAAGUUAAGAUCACUGAACAUUCGAUGAAGGUAAGAUACAAAUGUGAUAUAAUAACACACAACAAAGAACUCAUCGAUUGUCCUCGCCUCGGAUAAUACCUGUGUUUAAAAAAACCUAAUUUUUCUCUUGGGUAGAAUAGGUAUCUUAUGAGAUUGUAAAAAGCUGUCGACCGAAAAAACUAAUCAUCUCACAUCAAAGAAUUGUUAUGAAUAAUAGAGAACAAACCCUGGAUUAGUCCUCCAUGUAUGCCUAUGUCGAGCUGUACUGUGAAAGAUCUUGUUCUUGUAAUAUAAAAUAAUAAAUUCUAAACGAAUUUGUAUUCUUCUCCUAACUUUCGCGUCAUCUAGUAUGCUAUUUUGUCCAUUUAAUAAGAUAAUUUUCGCCCGUUCUUCGGAAUCAGCUCUGUUAUAUUUGCACUAAGGUACCAUAAUUCUUUUUAACAUAUGAGUUGGACCAUAUAUUUUACAGCGUUUUUGCUGGGUAGCAUCAUUUUCUAGUUAAUUCCAUGCAGAAGAAUCAAGUUGUAUUAAAUCGUUGGCUCUUCAUAGUUGCUGACAUCUCCUUCGGCACACCCUUCGAAAAACGUCAGUUUUAGUAUCUAUAUGAUCGCAUGAUAGAGCUUCACUAUAAGGGAAUUGAAAUAUUCCUUCUAAUUGUUUUUAUCAGACUAAAGUGGCGAGGUUUUUCUGUAGGCCGAACAUAUCUAUGCUUCGUUUAUGAAAUUGGUUCAUCUGUAUUGUCUUGGAUUUGGCAUGUGAUGGAAGUAACUGAAUGGAUCACCAUCUCACACACACACACACACACACACACACACACACACACGCACGCACGCACGCACGCACGCACGCACGCACGCACGCACAGACACACAUACACACACACAUACACACACACCCCCCCCUCUCCCCCCCUCCCUCCCUCGGUGUCUCCUCUGCCCGUGUUCGAGACCUGUCUUUCAUGGAGAAUUCUCACCAGUUCUGGUAUAGUAGAUACAUCUUCCUCGCUUUUCUCUCUCUAUUUCUUUUUCAUUCUGUAGAAUUACUUAAACGGAACACACAACUUUGGUGUGUCUGUGACUUUGCUUUGUUCUCUCCAAGAGGGAGGGGGGGAUUGCAUUGUUUAUGUAGAUUAUUGUACAACGAUGGACCUAAACUGCUGACCUCUAAUGCGGCACUUUUUUUUUCGUUGUAGUGCAUAAGAAGCUGCUGCAGACCGAUGAUGACUUUAUCUGUCCAAUGGAUUCAACCUUCAACGAUACUUUCAGAGUCGUCGUGGAGUUCUUAGAUUUCAAGAUCUCCCCCUGUCAAUGCACAAGCUACCCCGAGAUAUUUUCCUUCUCAGAUUUCCGCAGGUAUCUUUUCUUAAAGGCGUGAAAUCUGUCACUAAUCGUCAUCUGCUGCUCUUCUCCUUUUUCUUGUCGGAGAACCAGAGCAAGGAGGCGUCUUCAGGUUGGGCCUACGAGGUGUCGAUGCAGUAUCUGGAGAAUAAGUUAUCCCGUCCGUGCCUCUCUCACACGCUGGAAGAGGACAUCCACUCGGACGUCACAAUGAACACGGCCGGGGGCACACUGCGCGCUCACAAGGCCGUUCUGGAGGCGAACUCACUCGUCUUCCAUAGCAUGUUGCUGUACGACCACCAGGAGAAAUCACCCAUCGAGAUCAAGUACAUGUCCCGCGAGACCUGCGGCGCCCUCUUGAACUGCCUCUUGAACCGCCUCUACUGAUCGAGGUCUUCUGGAAGUACCGCAUGGCGCUGCUCACGGCCGCCGAGAAAUACGACCUCGCCGGCCUCAAGGAGUGCUGCGAGGAGAGCCUUUUGGAGGACCUCACCUCCGGCAACAUGCUACAAAGGCUUCGCGAUUAUUGGAUCUACAAGCUCGACCGCCUGAAGAAGCUCGACCACCUUAAGGAGUGCUGCAAAGUCUACGACGUCGGUGAAGGGACUCACGAGUUCUUCUGCGACGUCGACGGCGAGCUCAUGGUCGAGAUGUUCCAAGCUGUGCAGACCAUCUAA